AGUCUGCUGCCAGACGCCGAAGCGAACGCAUCGCGCCGCGUGACCGCACUCGUCACGCCGCUCAUCUGCGCUCAGUCUCGCGUUUACAGUCGCUGUCACGGUUGACGCACGUGUCUAACGCCGUCACAGACCUCUGGUAGUCCAUCGGUUGUCCAGUGUCCGUGAGGCAGCCCGAGUUAACGUGCACGUGCAGAUAAUAGUAUCUGCCUCUGCCCCGCCCACCGAGUGCUGUGUUCGUGUAUAUACAGUGGCGAACGACAUCGCCACUGCGACAUCAAGGAGCAUGAGUAAUUCCUUUCUAUAACACCUACAUACAUCCAUCAUAAACUACACACAUCCAUUAUUUGGUACUUACCUCGAACAUCUAAAGACGAAACUAAAAAAUUCUCCCUGAUACAUUCUCGCGUUCCUACGAGAGGCAACACGUCAGACUUUAGCUCCUAAGCAUUUUCAGUGAUUUUCUAUCAAACGCUGAAACUUCAGAACACUGAACAUCGUCAUCUCCCACCUCAAUACAACAGUCUAAGCAUCACCCUUAACCAGUGUGUUUUCUCGCAAUGGCAACCGAUCAGGGUUGAGUGCAGUGUCACCUUCGACCUUCCGAAUGGAGACAACUGCCUUGGCGCAUACUGGUGGAGAUCACCUCCGACGUAGACCCUCUACGGUGCUCAAGAUGGCUGUAGCGGCGCCUCUACUGCUGCUUCUGCUGGCCAACAUCGCACCCUACGCUGGCGGGUCGCAGCCACCUGGAGGCAGUGCUGCCAACCAACUGGGAGGCGGAGGGUCUGCCCCCUACUUCGACAGGUCGGCGUCGCGCAACGUGACGGCCCUGCUGGGGAAGACGGCUUACCUCAACUGCAGGGUCUACAACCUCGGCAACAAGACGGUGUCGUGGGUGCGGCACAGGGACGUGCACCUGCUGACGGUGGGCAGGUACACGUACACCAACGACCAACGCUUCCGCGCCAUCAACCAGCCGCUCAGCAACGACUGGACGCUGCAGCUCAAGUACCCGCAGCACCGCGACGCCGGCGUCUACGAGUGCCAGGUGUCCACCACGCCGCACAUGAGCCACUUCGUGCACCUCAACGUCGUCGAGCCGACGACGGAGAUCGUGGGCGGCCCGGACCUCUACAUCGACCGCGGCAGCACCAUCAACCUGACGUGCGUGGUGCUCUUCAGCCCGGAGCCACCGGCCUACAUCUACUGGAGCCACAACGACAACAUCAUCAGCUACGACAGCCCGCGGGGCGGCGUGACGGUGAUCACGGAGAAGGGCCCCACCACGACCAGCUUCCUGCUCAUACAGCGCGCCACGCCCGCCGACUCGGGCCGCUACCAGUGCAACCCGUCAAACGCGCAGGCGCGGCCCGUCAACGUGCACGUCCUGCAUGGCGAACACCCGGCGGCGAUGCAGCACGGCAACCGUGGUCGGCGGUCGGCGCCGUCCGGCGGACUCUGCCUGGCUCUGGCUGCGUGGGCGGUGGCGGUCGCUGCCCUCGGCCCGCUCCUGUAGCCGCCCCCUCCGCCCCCUCACCGCAAGAUGACUCCGAGACGUCACCGAGAGCUGCCUCUGUCGGCCGGUGCCUCCGUCAGGAAACAACAGCUCGAGUGAACGCGUCCACCCGGUGCCACCUGCCGGCACCGCAGUAUCCUCUGGACAUAAUCGAUGCGCGGGGUCGAAACUGGGCCUGGGAACAGCCCAAGUUCGUGCCUCUUUGUGUGCCCAUGCAAAAGUGGAGUAACGGUGCCGGGGGAGGAUGGGGAGGCAGCGAGGUGAAAGAAAGGCAAGAAGCAUCGCGUGCGCACUGCUACCUGCGGUCGGGUGGCGUGUAUUUCGGUAGCCGGCGGGCCGCGACGGUGCUAUGGCGCCUCUAACGGCGAGCACGCACGCCAGGCCGCGCCGGGUGUGGCUUCCGUAACACCCCGCCUUCUGCGGACCGCACUGCAGUUUGCCGACAGGGCGCGACCGGGUAUUAAAGUGAGCGAGUGUGUAUGAUGUUGCGGAACGCGGAAUGUUGGUGUAACUACGAGUAAGGCUGAAUGAACGUGCUACCUACCGUAGAAAAUGGACUACUCAUGCGAAGCACGACGUUGCUGUUAACUUUUAAAAUUCUUAGCAUUUCACCUCACAGGAAUUGAGAAAAACUCUGCGUUUCGUCGUACUACGCGUAAUACCGUACAAGAUUUAUGGAAGGAAACAGAAAUCAUUGACUGUUUUUGUAAAUGCACAUCCAAUUCCUUGCAAAAUACCCAUUUUGUCUGCUGAGAAUCUUCAUGUAAAUAAGACAAGGUCGUACCUAAGUAUUUUGUGUCGAUAGCAAUCGUUCUUGUGACAACAGAUUAGAAGCAAUGACUCUCAACUGCGCCACAUUUUCAGAGAUAACAUGUCAAAUUGUGGCUCUAUGCGACCGAAGUUUAUCGGAUUUAACAAAUAUGUGCUUAACUGAACGGUAUCAAAACAAAGUUAAUCUUAUCGGAGAGAAUGUAUAAGAAAAUACUGUUUACCAGCACCUAAGAAUGUGAUGAACUUCGCUGUAGAGGUAUCAGUUUCUGUGUGUAAAGCGUUAUACAGUGCAGAAACCACGAAUGCAGUAGGCUGGUAAAAUACUGUAAGAACACGUGCGACAGUGUGACAGUGACAGGAGCAGAAACUAGAAGUGAUGGAAAGGUUGUAUAUUUUUCUUAAGAGGUUAAAAGAGUAUUCAGCUGCCCCAGCGUGCAGUGGUGGCAGUCAGACGAACCUAUGUGUAAGACCUGCAAUUUAAAAUGUGUUCCUCGGAACAAUGAACAGCAGUGUUAUUGCCUGAAUUGUGAAGUCAGAUAAGCAAAUUAGCAGAAAUAAUGAAAGGAACUUCUGGCCAGAAUGACAGCCGUGUUGAACAGCAGAUACAUGUGCAUAGGCAUUAAGGUGUCACACGAGAACAGAAAUUGUUUCAAGUGAGCUGAAAGCAAUCUAGUGCUAUCACCUGAAAGAAUAUUAAAUUUAGCCACUUUGGCCUCUUGAGACUACCAGGCAUUGGUGCUACUGAAUUACAUUUAGUUAAACAUGGAACUUGUAAUCUCAAUUUAGCGAAACCUAUGACGACGUCGCCGAAUUUGAGAGGCGCUUUUCUCUUCCCAAUAUAUGUUUAAUACGUUAUACGCUUGUGCAGUGUGUUGUACAGUGAAGCGUGAUCGAAAUAAUAAACUGCCUUCAAAGCUUUUAUGACCAGUGUAACACAUUAUAGCAAUUUUUCAAUGCCAGAGUAAACAACUAUGUUAAAACCUGGAAUAUCUAAACGGCAGUGCUAAAAUAUAAAUAAAUCUGAUAUCGA